AUGAAGAACUUUCUCUCAUUAACUCGCCGGAAAGUUCUUCUCCUACUCUUACUCCUCCACAUAGUUACCACCACCGCCACAGCCACCGAUUCGCCGGAAACUUCCCUCCACCACCCUCAUCCCCACCAUGAUCAACAUUGCCCCACCACCAUAUCCACCCCAAAAAACCCACCUCCUCCCUCCUUCCAAUCCCAAAGACUCCACCUUCUCCGGCCACCACCUCUCCCACCACUACCACCACAACCACCGUCGCCGGAAGAAAUCGACCCAAGAUACGGUGUAGCAAAAAGAUUAGUCCCAUCUGGUCCAAACCCACUUCACAAUUGA